CCAGAACAUACAGAUCAUGUUCUGUGACAGGAGGCAUUCAGCACACAGAGUCGCUCCUUGUCCUUUGACCUCAGACGCUUCCAAAAUAGAGGAACAACCUUGCGGAGGCUUGAGACGACGGGGCAGUUGUUGACAGCGCACUUUUGCCUGUCACUCAGAAGAGGUUAUAAAACUCGUGGUAAGGUUUACUAGAGAGUGACGAUUGUGAAGUUUUCUAUUGCGAAGUGGACUUUUUCUUUCCUAAACAUCUCUCCAGAAGCCUCAAGAGCUCAUGAUUUAAGGUUACUCUUUUAAUGGUUUUGCUGUGCCUGACGACUAAAACAACAGCUGAUGUGCAUCAUUUUCCAGAUUGUCUUCAAUAAUCAUUCAAGUGUGAUGCGGUGGGCAAGCAGCCUGCUCCUAGUUUUGGUUUGGGCCUUUACAUCCCGGGUCAAAGGCUUUAAUAUUCCUUUACAAGUGGAGCAGCCUCCAACUUUAAUAAGCCACACAACAGGUCCCAUUGUUGCACUUCCUUUUGACAACACACUUACAAUUAGCUGUAAGGCCAGGGGUAACCCACCACCACAAUACAGAUGGACAAAGGAUGGCCGAGAGCUAAACCUGCCAAAUAUCCCCACAGUCAAAACCGACAACAGAAAUGGGACAUUUAUGUUUCACCAAAAGCAUUUUGCCCAGUUCAGGGGUAAAUACAGAUGCUUUGCUUUCAACAAGCUGGGGGCUGCCAUGACAGAGGAGAUAGAGAUCCUAGUUCCCACUUUGCCCAAGUUUCCAAAGGAAACAUUGGAUACUCUUGUCAUUAAGGAGGGAGAACCAUUUUCUCUGACAUGUAAUCCUCCAGAGGGUGUGGGCCCACGUCAGAUCUAUUGGAUGACUGCUGGUCUGAAGCACGUAGAGCAGGAUGAGAGGGUCUCCAUGGGAACCAACGGCAACCUGUACUUCUCCUAUGCCUUACCAAAUGACAGUCGCAAUGAUUACAGCUGCUUUGCUGCCUUCCACAAGAUACGCACUAUUGUGCAGAAAAGUCCUGUGCCAGUUAAUGUGGAAAGAUUGAAACCAGAAAGCAGUUCUUCAGAGAGCAGCAAUCCCAUUCUUCCAGUUAGAGCACCCAGCAUCAUGCUGCCCUCUGGAGUCCAGACGGAGAAAGUGUUGCAGAAAGGACAGGAUCUGCAGCUUGAGUGUAUACCUGGAGGAUAUCCCACUCCCACUGUGACAUGGAUGAAAUUGGGGGAAACUCUGACUGAUCGGAUACAAAUGGAUAAAUAUCAAAAGCGUUUGACCAUCCCUGCAGUGGAAGAGAGUGAUCAGGGAAAAUACAAGUGUAUGGCUGAAAACUCUGCUGGAAAAGUUGACCAUUACUUUGACGUAAUAGUAGAAGAGCCACCGGCUUGGCUUACAGAGCCUCCUCAGAGCCAGCUGACUGUGAUCGGGUCAGAAGUCCUUAUUAAGUGCUCAGUGACUGGAAAACCACCCCCAGUUAUAACGUGGAGGAGAGAUGGAGAAAUAUUCCGAGAUGACAGAGCGAACAACAGACGAGUUCUUGAUGACACUCUGAUGCUUCACAAGGCCAGGCCUGAGGACAGUGGCGUCUACCAGUGUGAGGCCUCCAACCGUCAUGGCAGUGUUCUCGCCAAUAUUAACAUCUUAGUCAUUGAUAUGGCACCUCUUAUGCUGACAAAGGACUUCCAAGAGUAUGGAGUAAUAGAAGAGGAAGACAUUGUCAUGAACUGCAGCGUUUUCAGCUCUCCUCCAUCCAUGAUCACUUGGACCAAAGAGGAGACAGUUGUCAAGGGAGAACGAUUUGAGGUUUUCGAAAAUGGGCAAUUCUUGAAAAUCACUGGUACAGAAAAAAGUGACAGUGGGAAGUAUGUUUGCAUGGCCAGUAACACAGAAGGCAUGUCAAAUCUCACUGCUCUGCUACACGUGAAAGAACCAACACAAAUCGUGGUUCCACCUCAGGAUGCGCAGAUCAUCAGUGGGACCUCAGCCAGGUUGAUGUGCCAGCCAGUGUACGAUAGAAGUCUGCAGGACACCUUUGAGGUGAUCUGGAAGAAGGAUGGGGAGGAGAUAUUUCGCUCCCCAGAGGAAAGUUCCAGAUACAUUGUGGAAGGUGACCUGCUUCAGAUCAUGAAUGUGAACCUCAAUGAUCAGGGAAUGUAUACCUGCAUUGUACGGACAAGUCUUGAUGAGGAUAAAGCUUCUGCCUUUCUAACUGUACUAGAUGUCCCAGAUGCUCCUAUGAGUUUAAAGAUAUCUGAUCAGGAUUCGAGGAAUGUUACUCUGUCCUGGAUACCAGGGAGUGAUCACAACAGCUCUGUCACAGAAUUUGUGGUGGAGUAUGAGGAGCACCAGUGGGAGCCCGGCAGGUGGAAGGAGCUGCAGAAAGUGGUUGGUAACCAGGCAACAGCCGAGCUCGUUCUUCAUGGAGACCUUAACUAUCAGUUCAGAGUUUAUGCUGUUAAUGCCAUUGGACCUGGACCACCUAGUGAGCCCACAGAGAGACUCAAAACACCCCCUGCUGCACCAGACAGAAAUCCAGAUAACGUCAAAAUUCACGGACACCUUCCCCAUGAAAUGGACAUCAGCUGGGACUCGCUCUCUCCUACUGAAUACAAUGGCCCAGGACUUGAGUAUAAGGUCUCCUACAGAAAACUUGAUGUGGAAGAUGAAUGGCAGGAGCACCUGGUCACAAGACCCUCCUUCAUCGUGAGGAACACAUCCACCUUUGUACCUUACGAGAUCAAAAUUCAGAGCAGGAACAGCCUUGGCUGGGGUCCAGAACCAAAACCUGUAACUGGUUACUCAGGAGAGGAUGUUGUCUUUUGGCACUGUCUGCGGGAAAAUGUGUCAGUACCCACUGCAGCACCACAAAAUGUGGCGGUGGAGGUUAUCAACUCCACUGUUCUCAGAGUCAGCUGGAGUCCAGUUCCCCCAGCCACAGUCCGAGGGCACUUAGGCGGGUACAAUGUUUACUGGGAAAGAACAAAAAGUUUCCUGAAUCCUGAAAAAGUUUUAAAGGAACGUAAAGAAAGCAUGUCUUUCCCUGGACAGAGGACUGAUGCCAUUGUGCCAGGACUUGAAGCUUUCUCAGAGUACAUACUCACUGUUAACGUUUAUAACAAGAAGGGAAAAGGACCUAAGAGUGAUCCAGUGACCUUUCAUACUCCAGAGGGUGUUCCAGGGAAAGUAUCCAUAUUGGUUGCCAAAAACAUUCAGAAUGAUGCCAUUCUGCUGGAAUGGGGACCACCGCUGGUGAACAAUGGCCUCCUCACUGGUUAUUUUCUCCAGUAUCACCUAUUGAAUAAGACUUCGAACGAGAUGAUUGAUUCCUUUGAGGUGAACAUCACUUCGCCUGACGCCACUCAGCACCAGUUAAGAUUAGUUAGGGGACGCCUCUUCCGCUUCAACCUCAGCGCAUGCACUAAGGCAGGUUGUGGACCUCCAGAGGCCCAGGAGUUCGAGAUUCCGACUCUUCAACCUUUGGGAAGCGGAAAACCCAGCAUUCCAACGCAACGCUGGCUCAUUGGGACGCUGUGUGCUGUCGCAUUACUCACCCUUGUUGCAGUGAUCGUGUGCUUUGUUAUGAAAAACAAAGGUGGCAAAUAUGCAGUAAAAGGGAAGGAAGAUCUCUUUACUGAUGCAGAGUCACAAGGAAUGAAUGAUGACGCCUAUGAAUACAGUGACAACGAUGAAAAGCCACUGAAGGAAACCAUCUCAGGUCCCAAAGAGGAAACAGGCUGGGAUGGUGUCAGCAGAGACAGCUUGGUUGAUUACGCAGGCGAAGAAGGAGAAUUCAAUGAGGAUGGUUCAUUUAUUGGAGAAUACGCUGAACCCAGAUACCGGGAUUCUAUCAGUGAGCCCAGUGGACCCAGCAGUGUCACUACAUAAAUCCACUUCAAAUAGCCUUUAUCACUUUCUGACACAAUACUCGUGCAACUUCUGCAACCACUACUUUAAACCUAGUCUAAGUGACCAAACACGGUAAAAUAGAAUAUACUCAGGUAUUAACUGUUUUAUUGCUGGUAUAGUUUUUGUCUGUUUUUCUAAGGGAAGAGUGCUUCUCUGCCAUACAAAUCAGUGUGCUGUCACAUAGGAGUCUGUACAUUUUGUAAUAGAACAAAUAUUAUAUUAGAGUUGUUUAUUUUGGCCUUGACAAUAUGUUGCUUUUAUACCAACCAGCCUAAAUCGAAACACUUUUUCUACAUCAUCAUACUGCAUUGGAAAUGGAAGAACCAAAAGUUUUUAAAUAAAUUAUAUUAAUAAAAAAAAACAAUAAAGAUUUUAACAUUCACCUUAUUUUUUUACACAUAUACAGGGUACGGUUAUGUGCUACCAGAAAUACUUCCCUUUCCUUUCUUCUUAAUUCCUUUGUUCUGUGUCUUAUUUUGACCUUUGAAAUGUGACUUUUAAGAAGCAAGUGUGUAAACACUGAAAUAUGCAAUUUACUACUGUAUAUUUUCUUUUUAUAUUGAUCCUGUCCCAGGACACAACAACAGAUAUGUAAGAAAAAUGCAAAAAUGUAUAUAAAAUUAUGUCUAAGUCUUCUGA